GCGGCCGCGAUCGCCAUGCCGGAGCUGGCCGUGGAGCGAGUGGUGGUCCAUCUGGUGCUGCUCAGCGUCGUCGACCACUUCAAUAGGAUAGGAAAAGUGGGCAACCAGAAGCGAGUGGUCGGCGUCCUCCUGGGUUCCUGGCAGAAGAAGAUUUUGGACGUCUCCAACAGCUUCGCAGUCCCCUUUGAUGAAGAUGAUAAAGAUGACUCCGUGUGGUUUUUGGACCACGACUACCUGGAGAACAUGUACGGGAUGUUCAAGAAAGUCAAUGCCAGAGAACGGAUUGUGGGCUGGUACCACACUGGGCCCAAGCUGCACAAGAACGAUAUUGCUAUCAAUGAGCUCAUGAAGAGAUACUGCUCAAACUCGGUCCUGGUAAUUAUCGAUGUGAAGCCCAAGGACCUGGGGCUGCCCACAGAAGCAUACAUCUCUGUCGAAGAAGUUCAUGAUGAUGGGACGCCAACUUCCAAGACAUUUGAGCAUGUAACCAGUGAAAUUGGAGCCGAGGAAGCCGAGGAGGUUGGCGUAGAGCAUUUGCUACGCGACAUCAAAGACACCACCGUGGGCACGCUUUCCCAGCGUAUCACAAACCAGGUCCAUGGCCUGAAGGGACUGAACUCCAAGCUCCUGGACAUCCGGGGCUACCUGGAGCGUGUGGCCCUGGGCAAGCUGCCCAUUAACCACCAGAUCAUCUACCAGCUCCAGGACGUCUUCAACCUGCUGCCUGACGUCAACUUGCAGGAGUUUGUCAAGGCCUUCUACCUGAAGACCAACGACCAGAUGGUGGUGGUCUACUUGGCCUCGCUCAUCCGCUCCGUGGUCGCCCUCCAUAACCUCAUCAACAACAAGAUUGCCAACAGGGAUGCCGAGAAGAAGGAGGGGCAGGAGAAGGAGGAGAGCAAGAAGGAGAGGAAAGAUGAGAAGGACAAGGACAAGGAGAAAGGCGAGGCCAAGAAAGAGGAGAUCAAGAAGGAGAAGAAGUAGCCUAGGAGUUUGCAUUUCUAAAUUAAAAGUUUUGCCAACUGAA